GUCAUCUGGGCCGCGCUGUCUGUCACUGCGGGAGCGCGUCACCAUGGCUCUGAGAGCGGCACCCUUCUCGCUUGUGCUCGCGCUGGUCCUCUGCUCCGCUGGGGCCACCACCACUCGCUACGUGACCUACGAGGAGGACGCUCCCGGGACGGAGAUUGGAAACUUGUCGGCGGACUUGAAGAUCGACCCGGCCGAGGACCAGGAGACGUCGUUCAGCUUCAUGCAAGAAAGCAACUCGUCCGUGGUCCAGAUGCGGGAGGCGGACGGGCUUCUGAGCGUGGCCGAGGUCAUGGACCGGGAGCGGCUUUGCCCCCGAUCCCCGCGCUGCUUCAUCGCCUUCGACAUCGUGGCCUUCUCUCAGGAAAAGUUCCAGCUCAUCCACGUCGAGAUCGAGGUGAAAGACAUCAACGACCACGCGCCGGUGUUCGCGCGCAACGAGACGCAGCUGGAGAUCGUGGAGGACGUCCCGCUGCAGUCCAGGUUCCCGCUCCAGGUGGCCCUGGACCAGGACGUGGGGGAGAACUACAUCCAGAGCUACAACAUCUCCAAGUCCACUCACUUUGAGAUAGAAGUGCGAGAGCGCGAGGACGGCGUGAAGGUGGCGGAGCUGGUUCUGGUGAGGGAGCUGGACCGGGAGGUGGAGGACUUCUACACGCUGGAGGUCACCGCCACCGACGGAGGGGUCCCCGCCAAAUCCGGCUCCAUGACCGUGUACAUCAAGGUCCUUGACUCCAACGACAACAGCCCGACUUUCGAGCACAGCUCCCUGAAGGUGGAGCUGGCCGAGGACGCCCCGGUGGGUCACCGGGUUCUGCGAGUUCACGCCUUUGACCCGGAUGAGGGCAUCAACGGGGACGUCAUCUACUCCUUCGACGGGGUUUCCUCAGAAGCGGCGCGCAUUUUCCACGUCGACCCGUACACCGGGGACGUGACCCUCAAGUCUCUGGUCGACUACGAGAAGAGAAGGUCGUACGAGCUGCGCAUUAAAGCCUCCGAUUUGGGCACCAACUCCAUCCCCUCCAGCUGUAAAAUAACCAUCGAGAUUGUGGACGUGAACGACAACCCGCCGGAGAUCAGCAUCAAGCCCAUGACCUCCAGCAGCGACGGCGUGGCCUACAUCACCGAGGCGGCGGCGGCCGAGAGCUUCGUGGCUCUCAUCAGCACCACGGACAAGGACUCGGGCUCCAACGGGUACGUGCGCAUCGGCCUCCUCGGGCACGAGCACUUCACCCUGCAGCAGGCUUAUGGAGAAACCUUCAUGAUCAUCACCUCCACCGUGCUGGACCGCGAGAGGGUCCCCGAGUACAACCUGACGGUGGUGGCGGAGGACUUAGGGAGCCCGCCGUUCAAGACGGUCCGGCAGUACACCAUCCGCGUGACCGACGAGAACGACAACCCUCCUCUGUUCAGCAAAUCUCUGUACGAAGUGUCGGUGAUGGAGAACAACAUCCCGGGGUCGUACAUCACCACCGUGGUCGCUCGAGACGCCGACGCCGGCAAGAACGCCAAAGUCUCCUACAAGCUGCUGGACUCGGACAUGCCAGGGGGAUCCCCGGUGUCCACUUACGUCUCCGUCGAUUCUCACUCCGGCUCCCUGUACACGCUGCGGUCGUUGGACCACGAGACUCUGGAGCAGUUCGAGGUCACCAUCCAGGCAGAAGACCGAGGUUCUCCGGCUCUCUCCAGCACCUCCACCAUCAGGAUCCGGGUGGUGGAUCAGAACGACAACUACCCGUACUUCACCUUCCCCGUCCUGCUCAACGAUUCGGCCGACAUCCCGCUUCCGUUCAACGCCCCGGCUUCCUACCUGGCGCUGCGCGUCUCGGCGGAGGAUGCGGACGACGGCGUCAACGGUCAGCUCUCCUACCAGAUCGUUCAAGGGGACCAGAACCUGUUCACCAUCCAAAAAGACAGUGGGGAGAUUUCUCUCAAGCAGUGGCUGACGGCCGAGAUGGGUGAGGUGCUGGAGCUGAAGGUCGCCGUGCGAGAUAACGGCAGGUCGCCGCUGUCCAGCAGCGCCACCAUCAGGUUCAUCAUCACGGACUCGGCGGAAGACCAGGCCGUCAUCGUGCUCCAGUCGAGCGACGGCUCCUUCGGCAUGGACGGGUCACUGGUGGCCAUCGUCAUGCUGGGAGGGGGCUGUGCCCUGCUGCUGAUCGCCAUCGUGGCGGUGGUGGUCACCUGCAAGCUGAGCUGCGGCGCCGCCAAGAGAGAGGUGUGCCACAGCCUGUUCGACAGCCGGCCCCUGCCCAUGCUGGGCUCCACCGAGCCCAACAUCUACACCGGCCCGCGAGGCUUCUUCCACGACAGAACCUCCUCGUCGCUGGACGACUCCUGCCUGUACGAAGAGCGCAGCAGAGACUCGGAGACAAAGAUGUUCCUGCCCUCAAAGCAUUUCCAACCGGCGUCUGUGUGGCAAAGUGACAAAUACUGCUUGCAAGUGAGCGGCAUCGGAAACAACGACCAGCUGAGCGUGAAGGACAGCGGCAAAGGGGACAGCGACUUCAACGACAGCGACUCGGACGUCAGCGGUGAUGGCGGCAAGAAGAGCUUCAGCACCUUCCACCCCAGGAUGAAGAGCGUGUCCAGCACCGCGGACAGCGUCUCCACAGACUGCCUGGGAACGUACAGCGCCAUUCCUGCCCAGUGUUUGCGCCCCCCCCGAGAGCUGGCCUACACAGUGGCCUACACGCCGUCCCCGGUCUUCAACCGCCCGCCAAGCUACGCCCACUCCUGGAAGGAGUCCAGCUACGGCACCAACCGCCCGCUGUCCAGGAGCAGCGUGCAGACCUUCUCCAGGACCGGCACCCUGCCCUCCUACUUCCCCCAUUAUGAAGCAGACGGUUCCCAAGUCCAGAAACAAACUCCCAACUACGUCACGGUGGCCACAGGGCUGGAGGUCGCCACUAUCUUUUAAAUAGUAAUUUAUUUUUUAACACUUGAUGUAAAUAUGUGUGUAAAUACAGCUGUUUUUAGCACAAAGAUGUGUAGAUGUAUUAAUGCUGUAUAUAGAAGCGACAAUAAAUUAUUUUUUUUGUUGAAUAUUA